ACAGCUUGUGGGAUGAAAUUGAGAGGUGAUGAUCCCGUUGGCAUGAAGAACUUUAUAGUUAGCGUUCAGAAUAGGGUGAAUGAAUUGAAAUCCUCAUCUGGGGAAGGACAAUCAAACAGUAUGGGGAAAAGGAUGGAAUUCAUGCUUGAGAUGAUAUGUGAUAUCAAAAACAAUAAAAAAAGGAUGAAGGAGGACACCUUGCAGCUUACCCGAAUAAAGAAAUGGCUACAACAGCUCAGAGUAGUUGAUAUAUUGAUUCGAGGGUUAAAGUGGAGCAAGCUGAUUGAUCCUGACAAGAGAGGCCAGUGGUGGAUGUCUGGGAAUAUUGAUUCGACAACUGAUGUUCAAGAUGUUGCCAGCACAAUUGAUUUGGAGGUCACUGAGGCUCAAAAGAUGCUCCAGCUUGCUGCUGCUCAGAGGAUGAAUACUGAUGCAAGAAGGGCAAUUUUCUGCGUAAUAAUGAGUGGGGAGGACUUUAUUGAUGCAUUUGAGAAACUUCUAAGAUUGGAUUUGCAAGGCAAGCAGGAUAGGGAAAUCAUGAGAGUUUUGGUAGAAUGCUGUUUACAGGAGAAAGCUUUUAACAAAUACUAUUGUGCUCUAGCUUCCAAGUUAUGCAGCCAUGAUAAAAACAAUAAGUUCACCCUGCAGUACUGUCUGUGGGAUCAUUUCAAGGAGCUUGAUCAGAUGCAGCUGAUCAGAUCAAUGCACCUAUCCAAGUUUGUCGCAGAGAUGGUUGCUUCUUUUAGCCUUUCACUUGCUGUAUUGAAGGUUGUUGAUCUCAGUGAUUCUUCACAAUUGACUCCAAAAAGAAUCAUGCACUUUCGGAUGCUAUUUGAGAACAUCUUGGAGUUUCCUGAAAAGCUUGUCUGGAACAUUUUUACUCGAAUUGCUCUUUUGCCAGAGUAUGAAUCACUUCGUGAUGGGAUUGUCUUCUUUAUCCGCAAGUAUGUCAUUGAUAGCCAAAAGUCUCUAGCAGAUAAAUUCAAGAUUGCAAAGAAGGCUCUUAACAAUGUUGAAGGAGUCAUCAUGUGAGUCUUUGCAUGAUGUAUUCUAGAUUUAGGAUUUUGCAGGAAUGGUUAUUGUUGUUGGAACAACAGUAACCCAGUUUUGAGGUUGAGUAAUGGGCAACUCUUGCCAUAGUAUUCUAUGUACUUUAUUACAUGCAUUGCAAGUGAACAAUGCAUUAUUUAGGGCCUUGGUUGCUAUUGCAACUCUACUGUAAUUUCAUUAGUUAAAUUUGGCAUCUUCUUUUUAAUUAAUGUUUUGA